GCCGUUUUUGAAAAGAAAGACUCCACCGACAUUGUACAUGGACAAGACAACGACAUUAGGGCUACCGCCGUUGCCCGGCGUGGACUCGGAGCGCGACGCGAAAGCGGUGAUUCGGCGCAUGCGCAUGCAGGGCCGUCAACCAGACAGCUCGACGUUGGACGUCCAGAGCUUCAAUCAAUUGAUCGUUGCAGCCAAAGACGACGUGGUAGCUGACGACGCCGCCGCCAAAGACGAGCUCACAUAUUACCGGAAUCUCUUGGAUAAGGACAAGCCGAGACGACCUCCUCCUUCUCAUCCCCCGACACUGCCCUCAAUUUACUUGACUCCAUCCACAAUCAAGUUACCAAGCUUGAAAAACGAACGGAGCGCCACUAGUCCCAUUAUCGUCAACCCUACGCAAUCGAAUCAACUGGAACGCCCGCCAACACGGAGCAAGGCAGACAAACCGGUCACUCGAGAUCCUACGUCGACAAACGCCUCUGAAUACACUGAGCCACCCACCACAAAGCCGCAGAGUCCGCCCAGCCGCGCCAAGAAACUCCGACCGAUUCAAAAGUCCGUCAACGAGAGCAAAGCCCCCGGAGCAAUCGAUAUCCAACCAGUGACCAAACUCGCCAAUGUCUCCAAGCAGCAUGGCAUUGGAGAUGACGGCGCCAACAACGACAUAUCGACAGCGAAAUCUGCCGCCAUCCAACUACAACACGGCUGCGGUACUAGUGGUGGCCCCCGUGGCUUGACCAGGCUUCAUGCCAGCAACAACCCCCCCCCACCCAAUGACACUUCCACGGCUGGUCCCGUGCGAAAGCCGAAAGCACCAAAGGACAAGGAUGCUGGACGCGGAAAGAAAAAAGCGGACGACCGUCAUAAUAUUCCUACACUGAACAACGACAAUCAACAGCUCGAGGAGCGAUCUAAUCCCUUGGCGCCGCCGUCACUUGUCCAGAAACCAAAGAAACCUCAUCGCAUCACGAACGGCCACCGAGCCAUCACUUCGACCACGACACAGUCCUCGUCCAUCGACUGCGUGGAUACAUUCGACGACGACGAGCCGGAAAUGGACUCCGCCCCAGUGUGGAGAGAAGACGAUAUGAUGUUGGUCACUAGUGGCUACGGCAGCGACGACGGCACCAUGUGACAUGGUAAAUUACGGCUAGUCAUAGUAAUAGUAACUACUCCACAUCGUCACAUCUUAUGGGGUGGCGGUGGCGGCCUUGAAUGCCGCGACCACGUGGUCCACAAUCGCUGGCACGCCGUCGCGAGCAUUCACUUGGGCAAACACAGUGGCGCCGCGGCCGCGCAUGGCUUUGG